UCCGGAAAGAGCCCAUAAUAUGGCGGAGCCAAUCACUAACAAGCCCCACCGUUGGCCGGACUCUUACCAGAGGGACUCUACUCACUGUAGCCGCAGAAAGUGUAACUGGGAAUAGAAAGAGAGAGCAAAUCGUAAGGAUCAUUCUGUCCUUCUCUUGGGCAGGAGCGGAAUCAGGAAUAGGGGAACCCCGCGCAGUAAAAUGUAUGUCUCAUGAUGAACUUUAUUUAUAUAUUUUAUAAGUUUAAGAAUUGAUUUAAUCUUAUGUUAACCAUAAAAUUUAAGGUUAUAUUUCUACUUUAUUUACUUGCGAGAGUUUAUCAUAUUGGGCUCAAAGUAUACGUCUCGCGAUAGCCCACACAUAACACAAUGAAUUACCAUUUUUUAAUAUUGAAUUUUUAUAAACUCGACUACCAUAAAGCAAUCACGACAAUUGAAACUUGACGAUGGAUUUAACUCACGGAGGCUUCUGUCUCCAAGAUUCGACUGUAACAACUUACAUACAUUCUAGAUGUGCGGAGUAAUCUUUCACAUGGUUCUUAUUUUGCACAUUACAGUCCUGAACCCCUUCCAUCCAGAAACCUUUCGACCAAUAGAAAAAAUAUAGAAAAUGACAGAACGGUCCUUACGAUUUGCUCUCUCUUUCUAUUCCCGAUUACACUUUCUGCAGCUAUAGUCAGCAGUCCAGUACUAUAUGUCGAUGGUUUAUGCUCCAUCCCGGUAUUUCUAUGUUAAUGCCUUGGUCAAAUUUCGGUUAUCUGGCACAUUUCCUCAUUGGAGGAGACAACCAUAAGGAAGACUGGCACGUCUCCUCAUUGGAGGAGGCAGUCACAAGGAAAGGAAGGAAGGAACCAUAAGGAAAGGUGGAAAGGAUUUUGGUUAUAAUACUUUGGCUCAUCUCAUGCACUUUGGAGAAUAAAUAUGAAAAUCACGUGCGUUAUAUGUUGCGAUCCCCUUACACCAUCGGAUGACGUAUUUUAUACUCCAUGCGGUCAUGUAUUUCACUUCUCCUGCAUCGUAAAAUGGUUGGAAAGAUCCAAAUCAUGCCCACAAUGUCGAGAGAAAGUUACAGAAACUAAGAUCCACCGAAUUUACUUCAAUUACUCUGAUACUAAUGUGCCUGUUGAAAGCUCUUCCUCGCUACAAGAGCGAGUUGAAAAUCUUAAAUUUCAAAUAAUGUUGAAGGAGAAUGACAUUAAGCAUUAUACCUCAAAGGCUGCAACCCUGGAACAUCAAACUUCAGGACUUAGGAAAGAGGUGCGGAAGCUUGAAAGUGAAAUGCUACAAAAGGAUUCUGCUAUAUAUGCUCUACAAAAGCAGAUAAAUUAUUUAAAACAGCAAAAUGAAGAGGCUGAAGCAGCAAAGAAACAAGCUGCCGUUCUAAAAAGAAAGUUAGAAGAGUUACGAAGUGUUCAAGUUAUACUGGAUGCUCCUGCUGAAGAGGUUGAUGAAAUUAUAGCAAAUACAAAAAAUCCCGCUAGUCUUGCAACAUAUAUUUGUGUGAUCAAAAGGGAAUUGACAAGCAGUUCUAAUAAAUGUAGAGAAUUACGGACUACUGCCAAGAAGUUACAGCAAGAUCUUACAAAGGUUUCCUUAGAACGCAACUUUCUCAAUGAUGAACAUUCAAAGAGAAUGCAAUUGCAAGAAGAUUAUGCAAUAUGCGAAAGUGAAAAAAUGGCACUUCAACAAAAGUGUGCAGAACUGGAAGCAGUAAUUUCAAAUUGCUCCAGUUUUAACAAAUCUAAUGAUAGCAAUCGUUUAUCUAUUGAAAGUAAUACACAAAGGGAAGACACCUCGCGUAUAAGCUUAUCCUCUUCAGUCGAAAAGAAGAACAGUGAUGAUUCAGUGAUUUUUGUAUCGUAUUCAGUUUCUGAACCUUCGCGGUCGACUGAAAAUGUUAAUAAUUCUCAAGUAAAAUCGAUUGGUGUUCCUACUUUGAAAGCACAACAUUCGCAACGGCACAAAAAUAGUGGAUUUUCUAUCUUGGCAAAAAAAUCUAGAAUAUCUCAUCCCUCUAAUACACGCGUGAUACCUGAAGAUAUUACAUACAAUGGGUUUGGUGGUCAUUCGAAAUCUGACAAUUUUCCUACAUCUAGCAGUGGCACAAAACAAAAAAAAUUAAACGACUUCCGCAAAUCCAAAAAACUGAAACUUGACAAUUGAAGCAUUCAAGCAUUUACCAUUAACAAAAUAUAAUUCUGUAUACAAUUAAAUUUUAGGAUUUCUUCCUGGAUAGUUCGACAAGAAGUUGUAUAUUAUUUUAAUUAUUAUAUAAAAUAUCAAGAGACUGAACUUUACAAUUGAAGCAUUCAAGCAUUUACCGUUAAUAAAAUAUAAUCCUGUAAACAAUUAAAUUUGAAGAUUUCUUCGUGGAUAGUUCAACAGGAAAUUGUAUAUUAUGUUAAUUAUUUAAAAUAUCUGUACAUUUCUGCGAUGUAGAAUUUGGUAGUGAGUUUUGUAACAAAUAAAAAUGUUUAAUUUUCA